AACUUGGAGCUUGGGACGUCACGUUGAACUGGAGCAGUAAAGAACACCGAUGUAGCCAGAGGGCAUAGCAGUAGCAGCUCAGUCCUACUCUCUCAAAGCAAAGGCGCAAUCCCCAUCUUCUCCCAGUCCCAGGCGCCCUCCAUAGCCAUAGGUAGCUUCUUCGGCACAGGGAACGCCGGAAUCUGGUCCUAUGGCGGAGCAGGGGAAGAAGUCGGGGGAGCAGGACAAGAAGAGGCCGCGGCUCUCCGAGAAGGCCGAGGGCAACGGCGCCAAGAAGUCCAGCGCCGUGGCGGUGACCACCGUGUCACCGGCGGAGCUCGCGGCCCCGAGGAGGGCGGCGCUGUCCUCGCCCAGCCCCGUUGCAAAGGCGAAGCCGGUCACCACGGGGGGGGGGGGCUGACCAGUCCUCUCGCCGUCAUGCCACCGGCGCUGCCGGUUUCGAGUCCGGUGGCCACGAAGACGCGGACGCUGGCCGAGCUCAAUCCCGUUCCCAUCACGAAGUCAGCCGCCACGGUGGCGGUGACCAGUCCAGUGGCCGCUACGCCACCGGCGCCCAGUUCAGAGGCAACGAGGGUGCUCGCGGCACAGAGUCCAGUGGCCACGAAGACGCCGACACCCAGUCCAGUGGCCACUGCGAAGACGGUUGCCGUGGUGAAGCGGGAUGAAGAAGGCGCGGAACACGACGGUGGGGCAAUGGUGGCGGAGGAGGAGCCUGCCAACUUGGACUUGCCGAAGAAAUUGUUUCACUGCGCCGCAUGUCGUGCCCCCCUCAAGCCACCAGUGUUCAAGUGCGAGAGGGAGCAUUUCGUGUGCUGCGACUGCGGUGGCGACGACGACCACGAUGACGGCGACGGCGGAGCGACCAAGCACUGCGGUCCAUGCGGGCAUGACGUCUCCUACACCCACUCCGGCUUCAUGGACGGCGUGGUCGGCGCCUACAAGGUGCCGUGCCCGUACAAGAAGCACGGCUGCGCGAGCUCCAUCGUGUACCACGCGGCGGCGGACCACAAGUCCAAGUGCGCGCACGCGCCCUGCUAUUGCUUCGAGUGCGUGCCCCCGUUCGAGGGCUCGCCGGCGGACCUCCUGCGCCACCUCACGGCAACGUCCGGGAAACACUCCUGGCUCGAGGACAAGAUCAAAUAGA